AGACGGGGUGUGGGCAUAGCGGGAAUACAGCAGCGCAGAGAAGAGGAGAGAAAGGAGGUUGAUGGCGAUCUCGCCGAAACAUUCAAGAGUCUGCAGAGUUUGUCUAUAAAGGCGUCCGGCAUGGUGGAUCUGGCCCAGAAACUCCAAGUUAAACUCGCGAAGAAAGCCCCCUGUGAUGAUGAUAAUAUGAAAUUUAAAUCAUAUAUGCUGAGUUUAGGUAUAGCGCAGCCGGUCACGAAAAGCAGCUCCAGUGGCGAAUUAAAGUAUUUCGAAGAUCUUGCUAAGGAGCUGUGUGAUUUUCUGAAAAAGCCCCUGAAAGACUCAGGAGGCACGCUCCCUUUGACAUCGGUGUACUGCUUGUAUAAUCGAGCGAGAGGAUCUGAGCUCAUUGCCCCGAACGAUCUGCUCAGGGCGUGUGGUACGUUAAAGCCUCAGAGAUUGCCACUGGUGAUGAGAACUUUUCCAUCAGGUGUCAUUGUUAUACAGCUUGAAACUGAGAGUGACGAAGGCGUUGUUGAGACCUUGCGCAAGAUAUUCUACGAUACUCCCGCGUUGAAGGUGGACAAGAAGUGGGUGGUAAUGUCACCGGCUGACUACGCUAAGCACCGAGGUAUCGCCAUUCCUCUAGCCCAGGAGCAGUUGCUAACAGGGGAGCGAUCAGGGCUUCUGUGUCGCGAUGAUACAAUUGCAGGCCUAAAAUUCUAUCCGAAUCUCAUAGUCGCUGGGAACUGAACCCUAUACCUGACAAUAUCUAUCCAAAAUCACAAAUGCCCAUAGUACCUGACACAUAUAUACCGGCAAUGGCAACGAUAGGCCUGGCUACUUGGUCUUAACAACCAAUUUCGAAGUGCAUAUUCUGGUGGGGUUAUAACAUUGCAAUUCUCCUGGUUGUGCUACAGAUCAAAGAUAUGAAAUAUACGCAGAUGUAGCGAGUCGUGUGCCACUCGUAGAACCAACCUGAGUUGACUUGUCUAUCGGUUCAUAUGUUUGAGCCCGUCCCCCUUUCGCUUCUCUUCGAGAAGUGCGACCCUGCCGUUUUGAGUGUGAUAAUCUGGUAUUAGGAUGUAUACUUGUAGGCCCCCUUUGCUCUAAGUGCUAUUGGCAUCUGGCCAAGACAUCUCCUCCUCUCCUGGUGAGAGGGCGACUAUUUGGGAGUGUGGCUCUUUCAACUCAAUAUAUUGGUAUCAAACCAUACAAAUAAAUUUUGCGCUACUUCUGGAAUGUGUCUCACAUACGUCCGUUCUUCUUUAAAAGU